AUGUCAAUUCUAGCGUCUUCCAGAAACACGCUGGCACGCGGUCUGCUACAGCAGUCAGCCUCCAGCAGCAAGACGGCAACGAUAGCUGGUCUCAGUGCCGCUCGCUAUUACAGUAACGGCGAAAAAACGCUGAAGGAGCGUUUUGCUGAGCUGUUUCCAGCCAAGGCUGAGCAGAUCAAACAGCUGCGUAAGGAACACGGCAAAACAGUGAUUGGUGAGGUGCUCCUGGAACAGGCAUACGGUGGUAUGCGUGGUAUCAAAGGUCUCGUGUGGGAGGGUUCCGUGCUGGACCCAGAAGAAGGUAUUCGCUUCAGAAACCGCACCAUUCCUGACAUUCAAAAAGAGCUUCCCAAGGGCGCAGGCGGCACCGAGCCACUCCCAGAAGCACUGUUCUGGCUGUUGCUGACCGGAGAGGCGCCCACGGAGUCCCAAGUCAAAGCACUCUCUGCAGACCUUGCCUCAAGAUCCGAACUACCAGAGCACGUGUCUCAACUGCUGGACUCGUUGCCCAAGGACCUGCACCCAAUGGCCCAAUUCUCGAUCGCAGUGACAGCCUUGGAAAGUGAAUCUAAGUUCGCUAAGGCCUAUGCCCAGGGUGUAUCCAAAAAGGACUACUGGAAUUACACCUUCGAAGACUCCCUAGACUUGAUCGGUAAGCUGCCCGUCAUCGCUUCUAAGAUUUACCGCAACGUCUUCAAAGACGGCAAAAUGCCCGCUGUGGACCCCAACGCUGACUUUGGUAAGAACUUGGCUCAGCUACUGGGCUUCCAAAACGAGGAGUUCGUCGAGCUGAUGAGACUGUACCUGACAAUCCACGCCGACCACGAGGGUGGCAACGUCUCUGCUCACACUACCCAUUUGGUCGGUUCGGCUUUGUCGUCCCCAUAUUUGUCCUUCUCCGCUGGUCUAGGCGGUCUAGCUGGCCCUCUACACGGUCGCGCCAACCAAGAAGUCUUGGAAUGGUUGUUCAAGCUCAGAGAAGAGGUCAAGGGCGAUUACUCGAAGAAGACAAUCGAAAACUAUCUAUGGGAAACCCUAAACGCAGGCAGAGUCGUUCCCGGUUACGGUCACGCCGUUUUGCGUAAGACAGAUCCUCGUUACACUGCCCAACGUGAGUUUGCCCUAAGGCAUUUCCCUGACUACGAUCUAUUCAAGCUAGUUUCCACGAUAUACGAGGUCGCCCCCGAGGUAUUGACAAAGCACGGUAAGACCAAGAACCCAUGGCCAAACGUGGACUCGCACUCUGGUAUCCUAUUGCAAUACUACGGUUUGACCGAGGCUUCUUUCUACACCGUGUUGUUUGGUGUGUCCAGAGCGCUGGGUGUUCUGGCCCAAUUGAUCAUCGACAGAGCCGUUGGUCAGCCCAUUGAGAGACCCAAGUCAUUCUCUACUGAGAAAUACGUUCAACUUGUCAACGCUAUCAAUGCUAAAAAAUAA